AUUAACAUAUUUCCAUCAGAUAUUCACAAAUUCGAUUACAUUCAUAAAAUAGCAAUUAUAUUGUGUUAAAGCAAUAAAGCAGAACAGCCAAUUAUAGCAACCUUAUUGUUUACAAAUGGACUCCGCAUUGGUUGAAUGUGUGUACACUUCUCCGUGAAUAUUUUACUGCGUUUUCUUUUGUAUGGCAGUGAUUUCGAAUGAACUUGGUAUGACAAGCCAAGAAAAUGAAAAGCAUCUGGAAUCUAGUCAUGAGCAUAAUUUGUACGUGGACAGGCAGCUGCAAAAUAAAUUGCUCCAAGUGGACGAAGAUUCGGAUAUUGAAGCGUACGAAAAUAAACUGUCAAAAAAUGGGAGUAUCGAGAAAAUGUGUUCUAAAUCGAAACAUCCAGUUUUAAAAGUGGAUGAUAUUGUAGGAUGGUUUUCAAGUGCCAAAUUUGCUGCCAGACGCACACCUGUACCCGUCAGCUCUUCACGUUCUGAGCAAAGACCCACCAGUACAUUGAUCCACCCAUGGAAAGACUGUCGUUUGAAAAAAGAAAACAGUUUUAUGUUCAAGCACUAUCUUGAAAAUAAAAAAUAUAUCGAACAGUAUCGAAAUGAGCAUGGUUGUCACAUUCAACAAUACCACUCUGCUGCACAGCUGGGAGAAAUGAGACGAAUAGCAUUUCAGACUACUACUGGUACCCAUCAGCCUCCAACUUCCGCCGGUGCCCAGCAGUAUGGCUAUACACCCUCCAACACCUUCACCAAUCCUGGGUUGGCCUCUCAUCCCCCUGCCGGAGUGUUCUAUUCAAACAGACGAGAGCAACUCGGCUCACUCGUCACCACAAACGGAGUCGGUAAUGAUCACAACACAAGCCCAAACUGCCAGUGUGGUACAAAAGCGAGCGCCAUUGAUACAUCUAGUCAUAAAUAUAAACUCUCACCGGGUCAUUUGACUAGAAAUGCUACAAAUAUGGAUUUUAGGACAAACGUUGACUCAGAUAAUUCGAGUGAAUCUGGGGAUAUCAGGAUGAGGACCCCGAGUAGACGGAGUAGUUCAGCGAGUUCAACACGACAUCGACAAAAGCCUCCAACAAAAAUAUCAGUCCCUGCCAACACCAAUGCGAGAGCGUAUCCGAUUCAAGCGUUAACCAUAGCAUGGCGACUGCAACGGGCAAUAAAAGUUCGCCAUUAUAGACAACAAAAUGGAAAAGUGGAGGGAAGUUCUGCGCCAAAACCUCUAGACAACCUGAAUUGUGUGGCACCAGAGAAACAGCCACUUGUAAAAGACCGGCGAAAUAUUGAGCAGCUCGAGAUGGCACUAAAGGUGCACAGUCUCAAUGACCUCUUGACCUGCCAGGAGGCCCAGUUCAGGGGCCAUGAAGCCCAAUUAAGGGGCCAUGCUCUACCUAGGGCUUGUCCACCCCAACCCCAUAGCAACGACAAGCAUCUGCAUAGUGACCCAGACCUUGCGGGGCUCACGUGGGCGCAGAAGCUGGAAGUUCUACGAGCAGUGAGCAAGAAACCCGAAAAGUCAAAGGUCAGGACACAGAAGUUGAAAUUCAUUGGCGACGGCAAUGAGCAGACGUUUAUUUGGAGGAACGAAACCGACCAGCUCUACGAACAGAGGCGCAUUCGGCAUUUGUUGGAGCAGGCUCGUGUAAAAGGCGGAAAUCAAUAUGAUUGGGUGCAAGAGGCGCAGGUCAGGGCUCGUGGGAUUGAUUGGAACACCGGGAAAUUGAAAAGCGGGAGCCCGGAAAAAGACAGCAGUGAUGAUAUUGGGGAUAAUAAUCGUAAAGUUGAUAAUGGGGACACUGUGUUUGUUUCUGGAGCCAAACCAGCUGGGCAUGAUGUUGUAGCGAAGUUCAGUCAAUAUGGUAUUUUUUCUGCACAGAAAGCCUCUAAAGAGGAGAUACUUUGCUGUCUUGGGUUAAGCAGGUCAAGAACUUUCAUGGCACCUUGAUGUAUUUUUUAAUUCGAGUCAUGCUCUGGGAAAAUGGUGCUUAAUGCAUGUGUGGUCCCAGAUAAGCCAGUGUAGGCGGAAAGUGUCGUCCCUGAUUAGCCUGUGCACAUACAUUAGCCUGUGUACAUACAUUAGCCUGUGCACAUACAUUUAGCCCACUAAUCUAAGAAUGAGGCUCAUUAUAUUAUUCACAUAUUUUUGUUCACUUUAUCGUUUACAGUUGUGUUUUUUUAGUUCAAAUUUGGGGCUGUUGUACGUCCCCAUUCGCAAUGGAAAAAGUAUAUUUUUUUCCCAAAUGGGAUAUACAAAUUCAAAAUUGAAAGUUCCCGAAACAAACAAAUAUUUAUAAUAUAUAAUAUAAUAUAAUAAAAAAUUCAUAAAUAAUAAUAAAUUUAGUUCAUCUCCUAUCCAGUUCUUUUUGUUGAACCUAAGUAAAUAGAAAACAUUUAAAUUCUCAAAUUUCAAAGUAUUAUCGAGCAAGAAAAUAACAACACUCAGGGACCCCAGCCCCAGGCCCAAAAAAGUGAUGAAAAAAACACACUGAUAUUUUGUGUUGUUUGUGCCUUCACUUUCCCAUCAAGUUGCACCAGUGUAUUUUUACCUGAAUUUUUAUACAAGCCAUUAAGUUGCCUUGAUUAAAUCCUAUCCAAUUAACAGCUUUUUGUGUAUUGAGCCUUACUUUUUGUGAAUUGCGCCUUACUAUUUGUGUAUUGCACCUUACUAUUUGUGUAUUGCGCCUUACUAUUUGUGUAUUGCGCCUUACUAUUUGUGUUUGGGUUAUCCAAAGUAUUUGUAUUUGUAAACGGCGCUUCAAUUUAUAUUAGAAUUGAAUUUUAAUGUGUAUAUGUAUAUUAAAUUUUACAUAGGUGACUGUGAUGUUCAUAUAGGGUAUAUCCAGUCCUUUGGACUGGAAUUAGGUGUAUUGGCCAGUGAUUUUGUUCUCAACGUGAAAUAAAUAAUGUUAAAAUUGCCUUGUAAAUGAUUUAAUCCAUGAUGAAGUAAUCAAAUAUGACUUAUCAAUCAUGAAACCUUACUUUUGCUUUGUAUCUUAAUUUACUGCCUUCCAGUUUAUA